AGGCUCAUCCCCUCACGCGCCACCGCCAGCGGGCCAAUGGGCUGUGGCGGCUCCUGAAUAUGCAAACGAGCCGCUGGGAGGUGCGUGUCCCGGACGGUUCGGGACUUAACAGACACUGGCUUCCCAGCACCCGAGAGUGGCUGUAGCGUUGGUCGCCACGGUCAAGGGGCGGUUGGGACGCUGGGUGGCCUGGGAGGGAGGGAGGAGGAGGGCCUCCGCCUCGGAAGUGCGGCCGCGGGUCUUGCUCCCGGAGUCAGCGGGCGAGGAAGGGGGUGGGGUUGAAUGCUUCCAGGCCUCUGGCCGGCCCGGCGCGGAGGCGGACGGGGAGCCGAGACGCGGCGCGGCGAGCCGGCCUUCGCAGGCUGUGGCGCCGGCGCUGGAUUCUUCCUGAAGUCUAUUAUUCCAACUUGUAAGCAGUCAUGAGUACCCCAGGAGCUUCAGCAACAGCUGCAAUGAAGCUAAAACAGAACAUCAACCCUAUUCUUUUAUGUUUCAUAAACUUUGUAAUUUUGAUCUACACUAUUUUAACGUACAUUCCAUUUUACCUUAUAUGUGGAUCAAGACAAGCAAGAUCCAAUCAACUUAAAGCAAAGCCUGUAAAUAGACAGCCUAAUGCAGCAUACCGCUCUGUUAACAGCCUGCACGGUUUGGCUUCAGUGCUCUACCCUGGAUGUGAUACUCUGGAUAAAGUUUUUAAGUAUGCAGAGAACAAAUUUAAGGACAAAAGGCUUCUAGGAACACGUGAAGUACUAAUUGAAGAAGAUGAAGUGCAACCGAAUGGAAAAAUUUUUAAAAAGGUUAUUCUUGGAGAUUACAAUUGGAUGUCUUAUGAAGAAGUUUACAUUCGAGCCUUUAACUUUGGAAAUGGUCUACGGGUAUUGGGACAGAAGCCAAAAACGAACAUUGCCAUCUUCUGUGAAACCAGAGCAGAAUGGAUGAUUGCUGCACAAGCUUGUUUUAUGUACAAUUUUCAACUUGUUACACUAUACGCUACUCUAGGAGGUCCAGCAAUUGUUCAUGGAUUAAAUGAAACAGAGGUAACCAACAUCAUUACAAGUAAAGAACUAUUGCAAACAAAAUUGAAGGAUAUUGUGUCUCUAGUUCCUCAGCUGCGCCACAUCAUAACUGUGGAUGGCAAGCCAACAACUUGGUCCGAGUUUCCCAAGGGUGUCAUUGUGCACACAAUGGCAGCAGUGCAGGCUUUGGGAGCAAAGUCAAACUCAGUAAAUACACCUGAAAACAGGCCCACACCCUCAGAUAUUGCUGUAAUCAUGUAUACAAGUGGAUCUACAGGACUUCCAAAGGGAGUUAUGAUCUCUCAUUUGAAUAUUAUUGCUGGUAUAACUGGGAUGGCUGAAAGGAUUCCAGGCCUGGGAGAAGAAGAUGUCUAUAUUGGAUAUUUGCCUCUUGCCCAUGUUCUAGAAUUAAGUGCUGAGCUUGUUUGUCUUUCUCAUGGAUGCCGCAUUGGCUAUUCAUCACCACAAACUUUAGCAGAUCAGUCAACAAAAAUUAAAAGAGGAAGCAAAGGAGAUACAUCCAUGUUGAGACCAACACUAAUGGCAGCUGUUCCGGAAAUCAUGGAUCGGAUCUACAAAAAUGUCAUGAAUAAAGUGAAUGAAAUGAGCAGUUUUCAACGCAAUCUAUUUAUUUUGGCCUAUAAUUACAAAAUGGAGCAACUUUCAAAAGGCUAUUGCACCCCACUUUGUGACAGGUUUGUUUUCCAGAAAGUACGACGCCUGCUAGGUGGAAAUAUCCGCGUCCUGCUCUGUGGAGGUGCUCCGCUUUCUGCAACAACUCAGCGAUUUAUGAACAUCUGUUUCUGCUGUCCUGUUGGUCAGGGCUAUGGACUCACUGAAUCAGCUGGGGCUGGGACAAUCACUGAAGUUUGGGACUAUAAUACAGGCAGAGUUGGAGCACCAUUAGUUUGCUGUGAAAUCAAAUUAAAAAACUGGGAAGAAGGUGGAUACUUUAAUACAGAUAAACCACAUCCAAGAGGUGAGAUUCUCAUUGGUGGCCCGAAUGUGACAAUGGGCUACUACAAAAAUGAUGCAAAAACAAAUACCGAUUUCUUUGAAGAUGAACAUGGACAGAGGUGGCUCUGUACGGGAGAUAUUGGAGAAUUUGAUCCUGAUGGAUGUUUAAAGAUUAUUGAUCGUAAAAAGGAUCUUGUAAAACUUCAGGCAGGAGAAUAUGUCUCUCUUGGAAAAGUUGAGGCGGCCUUAAAGAAUCUCCCAUUAAUAGAUAACAUCUGUGCAUAUGCAAACAGUUAUCAUUCUUAUGUCAUUGGAUUUGUUGUGCCAAAUCAGAAGGAACUAACAGAGCUAGCUCGACAAAAAGACCUUCGAGGGACUUGGGAGGAGAUCUGUGACAGCCCUGAAAUGGAGAAGGAGGUGCUGAAAGUGCUCUCUGAAGCCGCCGCUUCAGGUCUGGAAAAGUUUGAAAUUCCAGUAAAAAUUCGUUUGAGCCCAGAUCCAUGGACCCCUGAAACCGGCCUGGUGACUGAUGCCUUCAAAUUAAAACGCAAAGAACUUAAAACACAUUAUCAAGAGGACAUUGAGCGAAUGUAUGGAGGAAAAUGAUCAUUCUCUUUCUGCAUCUGUUUGCUACAGUGAGCUCAGAUCAAAUAGGAAAAUACUUGAAUUGCAUGUCUCAGCUUUUGAGACAAACACCGUUCCUCAUUUUAAGCCCAAACUGUUAUUUCUCAUGACAUCACCAUCUUUAACUGACAGGAUUAGUAAAAUUUUAAGACAGCAAACUUGUGUCUGUCUCCUUUUUUUUUUUCACCCCCAAUUUACUUCACUACCUAUGACUAUAUAUUUGUCAGUUUGUGGAUUUUCCUGAAUCAUAUUGGGGAAGCAAUGAUUUUAAAACCUCAGAUUUUUAAAAAUGAUUUAUAUAUCCUGUAUAAUGUUCAGUUUGUAACUUUUUAAAGUUUGGUUGUAUAGAGGGAUAACUAAGAAAUAUUAGAAAUGGUUACUUUGGGGGCCUUUUUUACUUACAGUAUUUAAAAACAAAAAGGAUAUUGAUGUGAAAUUAUGUAAAUUUCAAAUGCUUAUGAAUCAAAUCAUUGUUGAACAGAAGAUCCGAUUUGUUGUUGUGUAAUUAUUGUCUUGUAUGCAUUUGAGAGAAAUAAAUAUAUCCAGGCUCUUAUGAUUUAAGAGAUCAACACCUUGUGAAUAUGUGCCUGACAGUUUCUUCUUUAAAUAUUUAGUUUUAAAAUGGGAAAUACUGAAGUUUGGUCAUGGCACUGUAUAUAGUGAAGCAAUACUACAGGUCACUCUUUAUGAAUUCAGAAGAUAUUUAACAUAGCAAGUGUGAUGCCAGUUAGUAACUCUCCUCUGAUGGUUUUCCUUCAAAAUCUAUUCAGAUAAUUUUAUGCAAUUGUUGAAACUAGGAAGACACUGAAACUGUUAAAGGAAAACAACUCUGAAGGUUUGACAAGGUAUUUUUUAAAGGUGGGAGUUUAAAAAGCCAAACAUCUUUUGUCUACAUCAGCCUUAAAAAACAUUCAAGUUUCCAUAUUUGCUACACAUGAAUCAUUGAAAACUGUCGCAUCUCCUAGCUGUAGUCCAAAUGGCUUGUUUCUUGUUUUUAAUUUAGGACUAUUUUCUUGGAUAAAAAUUUGCACCAGGUUGUAUUUAUUUUACAUCAUAUAUAUAUAGGUUGGAUAUUUGACCUAAGUCCUUCUUGUAAAGAAGUCUUCAACUUCCCUUUUUUGCUAAUUAAUUAUAAAUGUUCUUAUCUUAAAGGUUGUGAAUAUGCUAUAUGAAUAAAAAUGGGGCCAUCUGGGAUUGAAAAGUGUCCUUGUCAGGGUUAUGUGAAAAUUUAGAAGAUAUUCUUCUUGUUAACCUUAUAGUGAGAGAAGUGCCAAGACUGAAUUUGCAGGUUUUUCUGUAUCACUGCACACUCUUCUUGCUGCCUGUCUUAAUAGAUAAGCUUUCUGAAAUGCUUUGGAUUUAUAAAACGUUACGUAAGGAAUUAGAGAGUACGGCAUCAAAGGUGAUCACACAAAUGGAAAUGUGCACAAAUCAAUGCUUUUUUAAUUCUGAGGCACUAUUUUCAGCAACAUGUUACAUGAAAUAUUUUGUACCUAUUAACAUAAAAGCACAGUUCAUAGUAAUAACUGUAUCUCAGCUCCUUUAGGUAUAAAAAUAAAGGCAAAGAUAGUGGAUAUUUGGCCGUGUGUAAUUUGGGCAAGAUUUUUGAAUGUUGAGAGGGCCUAAGAUUAAACAGAUGUAUGUUGCUUGGUUGGAAGGCUUUGGUUGCAUCACAAAGGUAUCACACUUGGAGAAAUAGAUAUUUCUUCUUUGGCUUCUCAUUAUCAUGUAUUUGCAUAUUUCUCCCUUUGCCAUAAAUGCUUUCUUGAUAAAGUUUAGAACAGUUGCCCAGAGAAAAUGCUUUUUUUAAAAUGAGGAAGAAUUUAAAGGGAUGAAUUCUUUUGAGGUGGAACAAGAAGCCUUUCUGCAUCAACUUUAAUACAUGAAGUAGAAAGUAUUGGAUUCUAGGAAAGUGGAGAUUAGAAACAUUUAAAUCGCUAAGCUUAUUGCCUACAUGGAACGUGGCACAAGGAUUAAGAAGAGUAAGAAAAUGUAGAUUUGCAGCAAAUGGAAUAAAAAACUUUCGAAAAGAAAUACAGUUCACAUGCUAUUUAGUCAUACUUUUUUUUUUUUUUGACCACAUAGAAUGAAAUUCCCUCAAGGGUAGUAUUUUUCUAAUUUCGGCUUCUGUUGUGUUCUACAAUGUACUUUCUUCCAGUUAGGGGGAUGUGCGUAAGAAAGGCAGAGUUUAGUUACAAAAGAUUUGCCAAUUAGAUAAUCAAAUUAACAAAGUUGAAUAUUUGUUCAGUCCACCAAACCAGAGCCAGACACCUAUGACCACAGUAAAACAAGAAUGUUGAGACUUAAGUAAGUACAACAGCUUCUGUUUAUCCUUCAGUUAAUCUUGCAUUGUCAUUAGGAAAAUUAAAUAACUUUAAAAUGUUUUAUUGUGAAAGAUAGUAAGUUAGGAAAGAAAUCAGUUAUAAGGUGUUUUCCUUAGCUUUGGCAUUGUUGCUGAAAAAAUUAAAAUGCAUGUUGAACUGUGUCACAAUGCAGAUGUCAGAAGACUUAGUCUUAAGAGAGUAGAGAGGUCUUCUGGAAUUAAUUGGGAAAAUGAGAUGUCUGAAGAGUUGUCACAAGUUUGUUGAUGCAAUAAUCUCCACAAUUUACAGACGAUAAGCUGUGUCCACCAAGGAAGCAUUCUUCUGUUAGUGAAAUAAUUUGCUGAAACAGUAAGCUAAAUGCAGUGCAAGAUUGAAUCCAUGGCAUUAGAUGAUGUCAGUUCUCUUUAGGUACUAAUCUUUUUAAAAUGUCGACUUGAUAACCUCUAUAAAAUCCCGUGGAGCUUGUCAGUUUUUCCAGCACUUGCCAGCAAGAAUAGGGUAACCUGGCAUACAUUCUCGUGUUUGCAGCCAAAAUUCACAAGCUUAUAAACAUUUUUGUAUUUGAACUCUUAGAGACUCUGUGAUGCAACUUUUUUUUUAAAGCUGUGAUGUGUGUUCAUUCUCUUGGGCCUGUAAGAAAAUUGUAUACAUCUGUGUUUUAUAUAAAGUGGUCCACUUUUAACAGUGUACAUAUUGGACCAUGCUGAAAAUGUAACUGAAUGACCAGUUGUAUAUCGUAAUUGGUUAUUUAAUGUAAACUCAUUUUCAAUGUAUUCUUGGUUGUCGCUCUUACCUGCCUGAAAAAAGUGUAUAUCAAAGAGUUAUGUUGUAUGGAUUAUUUAUUUGUAAUUGGACAAGUUUCAAGAAUAAAGAAAUGUAAAAUAUGUUUCUCAAGUUAAA